AUGAGACGCGGCUGCGCGAAACACUCUCGGGGGAAGCGGGCGUCCCGCGCCGCCCGCCUUCCCCCUCCGUUUCCGCGUCAUUUUUCGUCUUCUUCAUUCUCGGUGUCUUCGUCUCCUUUUCUCUCUCCUCUCUCUCUCCACCUCUCUUCCCUCUCUUCCGUGCACAUCAUCUGUGUGUCUCCUGUCGCUGCUUCUGUCUUCUCUUCCGACGUGCCUGGGUCUCCUCUCUCCACUUGCAAGGCACGAAGGACCGUGUCUUUGUUGCGCUCGGUUCUUCUCCUGCUCGGCCUUCUUGUGACUAUCUGGAGCGACGCCUCGACAGCAUCGGCCGCUCCCUCUCCUCGCAGACUGCAGGAGAACUUUGUUGGGCUGCCAGCUCUGCCGUUCUUGACGCCGCCUCCUGAUUCCCUGGACGUUUCUUCUUCGCAUUCCUCUUCUGCAGUAACGUCUUUCAACUCUUCUUUUCCAUCCCUCUUAUCUCCGCGGCCUUCUGAGCGUCUGACGCACUCUCUGACUUCUGUUACCUUCACGUCUUCCUGGCAGUCCUCGGAGGCCUUCUCUCCGCCUCAGCCUCCACCUCUCUCUGACGGCCAGCUCCUCCCCGUAGCUAGGCGCUCGCCUGCUUCUUCUCUCCUUGUCUAUCGCGGAAUUGUCUUCCCAACAGCUACUUCCGAGUCUCUGCUGGCUUCUCACUCUUCUUCAUCCGCGUCAUCUUCUUCCCCAUCUUCAUCAGCCUCAUCACAGGCCCCUGCCUCCUCGUCUCGUGCGGCCCCGCCGGUUAGCCGGAGACCGUUCUCGUCCGACUUUUCCUUGGGGUACUUUGCGCCUCUGAAGGACCAGGUGUUUCCUGUAGCUGUCCCGGCUGCCUUCCUCUCAGCGGCGCCGUCUUGCCGCGGCGGCGCAGCCUGCAGAGACCGCGCGCGGUCCUCGGGAGCGCUUUCGCCCCGAGAAAAAAAGGGAGAGAAAGAGGAAGACCUUCGAGCGUGGGGCCCGUUCUUUGUCCGCGUCCGAGGGCUGGUCGACGCAGCUGAUCUCCAGAGCGAAAUCCAGGCCUCUGAAGGCUCGGACUUUUUCGCGAGCUCCAUCGAUCCACACGUCGCCUUCUUUUCCAAGUCGCGCACUUCCCUGCCUUCCGGGACGCACCCAGGCGAGAAGGCAAAUCCGGAAGGAAGCAAGAAACAAGGGAUCGAACCAUCCUCCCCGCCGCACCCGCUGCAUCCUCCUGCUUCACCUUCUUCAUCUUCUCAUCCGUCUUCUUCACUUUCCGCUUCCCUCCCCAGCGCCUCGUCCCGCGCCGUCUCGCCUGCUGAGGGAGUGGCAAUUCGCAGUCGAGAGAACGGGGACGGUGCGGCUGUGCGGAUGAGAGAAGGCGGCGAGUGGGGCGGGCGCGCGAGAGAGAACGUCUCCGAAACGACGGAAGGAAAUCCUGGAAAAUCGCUCGCGGGAGGCGAAACGGACGAGGCGAGAGACACAGACGACGGGCGAGACGCUCAAGACCCGUCAGCGAAUCCUGGCAAAAACGCCCUCGGCAGACAGUCCGAGCCGCCGUCGGCUGACGAGAGAAAGGGAAAAGGAAAGGAUUCCGCUGAAGAUACAGCCGAACAAUCAAGAGCGCGAUUGGGAGCGGAAGACCGAGCUGAGGCGAGCGGCACUGACCAGGAGAAGGAAGGAACAGCAGAAGGAUUCGGCCACGGAGACGAUGAUCACACAUUCUCUUUGCCACCCGCGUCUGACGCCUCUCCUUCCUCUUCUUCUUCUUCCUCUUCUUCCUCCUCUUCUUCCUCGUCUUCAUCGUCUGACGAUUUCAGAAGCCGCCUUUCUGGUUUUCUGUCCUCGACCUCGCCGUUCGCGUCGAUUCCUCGUCAGGGGAGCUGGCUAGCUGAGCGCACGCAGCCGCGUGCUCAGGCCGUCUUCGACGAUGCAUGUGUUGCUGUUUACCUGAUCGCUUCUGUCUCUUCUCCUUCUUCCUCUUCUCCCCCUUCUUCGAUGAGAGGCGACGCGAGAGACCGCCAGAGUCGUGUAGGAGCUAGUCCCCCCCCGUUGCUGUCGGCUGCCUCGCCUGGAACGGGAGAGGAACCGCAUGCACUGCUGGAGCUGCGUGCGACGGUGACGCGCGCGUCCCCAGAGACGCCCUCUGCGCUCGGAGAGAAAGGAUCCGACAGAGACACCGCGCAGGCGGGUGCGAAGGUGGGCGAUGGCGGGAUGCAUCGAGAGGGAAAGGUGCGACUCGGCGUUUGCUAUCGCGGGCCGAGUCCAGCACGAAGAACCAAGGCGCUUUUUGCAGAUCUUGCUGACCUGCAAAAAGGCGAUUACCCAGACGUGUCGCCCGGCUCCGCCUCGCCUCUCGGGUCGGAGGCUGCGCGUGGAGAUAUCUUUGAAAUCGGCGAACUUGUCUUUCACAGAGCCCCCGUUCUCUCCCUCGCUGUAGACGAUCCUUCCUGGCCGUUCCCCUUCUUCGCCUGGCCGUCCCUCCACGCCUCGGAGGCGAGAGAUGGAGAAACGACACAGAGAGAAACUGAAAAGGCUGCAAAGAUCAAAAGAGGCGCGGAUGUGAUUUCUGCAGCAUCUCCCUCGUGGCAAAGUUCCCUGUACUUAGGGAUGAAAGACAAGGAAACUGUACACAUGCGCCGCUUCAUCAAUGCAGGCUGGGACUAUCAGAGAGAUAUUGAAGGCUUCAACUUGACUGCGUUCAACCGCCUCGUGCUCAAGUCGGUCCCUAGACACUCGGGGUUUCGCUGCCCAGGAUUUUGGGAGCAACACGCGUUCCUCGGCGACGCCCCCUCGGCGUUUUCUCCGGAGAUCAACGGCACGGACCCCGGCCUCGGCAUGCUUCGCUUUGAAAUGCGCGAGCGCUAUCGGGACGAGAGCUCCAGCAACUUGUUUGACGGCGGGUUCGUUCCGACGCUGAAUCUGCGCACCUUCGCCUGCUUCUACGCGAACGAAGCGGAUCCGCAAGGCCUGCCGAUCGCCGAGGUCGUCUUCGUGAUGGACUCCAAAGACGCCGUGCUUAUCGUCUUGUUCGUCCUCAGCUUGGUCAUGGGCGUUCCGAUCUGUUGCGGCAUCUCCUUUUCCUGCCACGCCCUCAAACACCGCAGGCUGCGACGAGCCUUGCGGCGUCUCCGACUCGUUCAGCAACGCGACGCAAUUGAACUUCACCUCAUGCAGGAGCUGGGCGUGAGUCCCCAGAUCGACGAAGACGACGAGGAGGAUGAAGAAGACGAAGGCGUCUCACACGACCUCCCGAAAGCGUGCGAAGUCUCCACCGCCGAAACCAGUGCAGCAGUGCGCUAG